GCGUCUUCCACAUCCAUUCAUUGAAGAUAAGUCACUCUUUUCUGUUUCGCUCAUAAAUGUCAGGUUUCGACGGAAAUCAUGUGUUCACCGUCUCGGUCCAUGACCCACCAGCUGUUGCAUCUCCUGACUCUCCAUCCCAAACCGAGAAACUCUUGUUAGAGUUUUUGUUGCAAUAUCGCGUCGGAGGCGAAUUCAUCUACAGAGAUCAGCUUCGUGCAAACUUGCUCCUUAAGCAAUACCAGCUGGAGGUCGAUCUUCGUCAUGUUGGUCUGUAUAAUGAUGAGUUAGCGCAUGCAAUUCAGGACAGACCGGCAGAUAUAUUGCCGCUGUUUGAAAACGCGGCUACUAAAGCGGCUCGUACUAUCCUAUUCCCGCUAGCUGGUGGCUCUGAUGAACGCGCAGAGGCCGCCCUCCAAUCAAUCCCCAGAGUCCAAAUCACCAUCAGAUCUGGCCUCCAGAUGCAACGUGUUCGCGACUUGACAGCAAAUACGAUGAACAAGUUGGUCCGUAUACCAGGAAUCGUUAUUUCCGCCUCUGUCCUUUCCUCGCGAGCAACAAAGCUUCAUCUUCAAUGUCGUGCUUGCCGGUCCACAAAAGUUGUAUACCCUGCCGGCGGCCUUGGAGGAAUAGGCAAUGGUUCAGAUCGAGGCCUACCAAGAGUUUGUGAUGCACCAGAGUUGGAGAAUCAGAAGAAGGAUUGCCCAAUAGACCCUUACAUCAUUGUUCACUCAAAGUCGUCUUUUGUUGACCAGCAGACUCUGAAACUGCAAGAGGCACCAGACAUGGUUCCAGUUGGUGAACUUCCACGGCAUAUGCUUCUCUCUGCAGACCGAUACCUAACGGGCAAGGUCGUCCCUGGCUCACGAAUAGUCGCGACUGGGAUUUAUUCUACUUUCAGUUCGGCAAAGAACAAAUCUGCUGGUCCUGCUGCACUUCGACAACCUUAUCUUCGUCUUGUUCACAUUGAAAUGUCCUCGCCGACUGCCGGUGGUGGCGCCUCAAAUCCUUUUGGAGUGCAAUUCACUCCUGAAGAGGAGGAAGAAUUUGGUGAAAUGGCACGCAGCGAUGGUUUCUAUGAACGGUUUGCUAAGAGUGUUGGUCCAAGUAUUUAUGGCAGCCUCGACAUCAAGAAGGCGAUUACCUGUCUGCUUUUCGGUGGCUCUAAGAAGGUCUUACCAGAUGGUAUGCGAUUGAGAGGCGAUAUCAAUGUUCUUUUGCUCGGAGAUCCAGGGACAGCAAAGAGUCAACUGCUCAAGUUUGUCGAGAAGGUUGCACCGAUCGCCGUGUACACCUCUGGAAAGGGUUCUAGCGCAGCUGGAUUAACCGCUGUCGUCCAGCGGGAUGCAGUUUCUCGCGAGUUCUAUCUCGAGGGUGGUGCCAUGGUUCUUGCAGAUACUGGGGUUGUUUGUAUAGACGAAUUUGACAAAAUGCGCGAUGAGGAUCGGGUUGCCAUCCAUGAGGCUAUGGAGCAGCAAACCAUUUCGAUAGCGAAGGCUGGUAUCACGACGGUGCUGAACUCCCGAACAAGUGUCCUUGCAGCAGCAAAUCCAGUUUGGGGACGAUAUGAUGAGGGUCGGAGCCCUGGCGAGAACAUCGACUUUCAAACAACCAUUUUGUCACGUUUUGAUAUGAUUUUUAUCGUCAAAGACGAGCACAACGAACAACGAGAUCGUAUGAUUGCCAAGCACGUCAUGAACAUCCACAUGAACCGGCCGAAUCAGAGUACAGACGACAAUGGAGAAGCUGUUGGCGAAAUCGACAUUGACAAAAUGAAGCGGUAUAUCUCGUAUUGCAAGAGCAAAUGCGCACCGCGGUUAUCUCCAGAUGCUCAAGAAAUGCUCAGCAGUCAUUUUGUUAGUCUUCGGAAGCAGGUUCAGCAAGUGGAACGCGAUAAUGACGAACGGAGUUCGAUUCCCAUAACAGUUCGCCAAUUAGAAGCCAUCAUUCGAAUAUCGGAAUCGCUUGCCAAGAUGACAUUAUCACCUACUGUUCAGAAUCAUCAUGUCGAGGAAGCCAUCCGGCUUUUCAAGUUCUCGACGAUGGACGCUGUCUCGGCGGGUUCCGUUGAUGGCAUGUCUCGCGGCGAGCUGAAUGACGAGAUGUCGCGGAUAGAGAAGGAAUUGCGCAGACGUCUUCCUGUGGGCUGGAGUACGAGUUACCAAAGUUUAGUAAGGGAAUUUGUAACGCAACAGGGGUACUCGAAUCACGCGCUGGAACGAACACUCUUCAUCCUUGAGAAGAGGGAGGUGAUACGAUUCUCUGGUCAGAAAAAGGUCGUGCAUCGGGUCGGUGUUUGAUGUGUUGUACGGACAAUGCUAUACAUUUGCUCUUUGUUUUGAAUAUCUGUGGAUAAGUAGUGUCCCUAGUCAGACCCAUUGAAGAUAGCCAUA